CUGUCAAAGGUGUUUGUUUAUGUUUAAGAAAAAUUAUCUUUUUUAUUUUAAACUUAAAAUGUUAAAAUUCUUAGCUUUUAGUUAUUUUAAAAACUAAAGCACAUACCAAUUUUAAUUUAGUUUAAUUUUUUAAUAUGGAAUGCAAUGAAAAUAUUAAGGAUUCUAGAAACAAAGAAAUAUUAACAGGUAUUAAAGAUGGAGAUUCUCUACAGAAAUAUAACAACAUAGAAGUUAAAUCGGAACUAGAUGAAAACAGUUGCAGUUAUGGACAGGAAUCUGUAUUAGAUGAGUUUUGUUCAGAUUCAGAGGAUAUUAAAAUCGAAAACAAUACAUUAGAAAAUGUAUCUAAUGAAAUUAAAGUUGAAACGAAAACAGAAUUGGAGGAGCAUGACAUUGGUGCCCCACCUGAUAUUACAAUGGAACUCGCAAGUACCAAACCGUUCAAUGCUGCUGAAGUACAUUUGAAAACAUGUACUGGUGAAAGACGAUAUGAAUGUGAAAUUUGUAGUAAGCAGUUUACUACAAAAGGUGCUUCAGAGAAUAUUACAAUGGAAGUUGCAAGUACCAAACCAUUCAAUUCUCCCAAAGUAUAUUUGAAAACAAGUACUAGUGAAAGACCAUAUGAAUGUGAAAUUUGUAAUAAGCUGUUUACUAGAAAAGGUCAUUUAGAGAUUCAUAUGAGAAUUCACACUGGUGAAAAACCUUAUAAAUGUGAAAAUUGUAGUAAGCAGUUUACUAGAGAAGGUAAUUUAAAGCAGCAUAUGAGAAUUCAUACCGGUGAAAAACCUUAUGAAUGUGAAAUUUGUAGUAAGCAGUUUAAUCAACCAACUCAUUUAAAGAGACAUAUGCGAGUUCACACUGGUGAAAGACCAUAUGAAUGUGAAAUUUGUAAUAAGCUGUUUACUAGAAAAGGUCAUUUAGAGAUUCAUAUGAGAAUUCACACUGGUGAAAAGCCUUAUAAAUGUGAAAUUUGUAAUAAGCAGUUUACUAGAGAAGGUCAUUUAAAGCAGCAUAUGAGAAUUCAUACCGGUGAAAAACCUUAUGAAUGUAAAAUUUGUAGUAAACAGUUUACUAAACUAAGCACUUUAAAGCAGCAUAUUAGACUUCACACUGGUGAAACACCUUAUAAAUGUGAAAUUUGCUCGAAACAGUUUAGUCAGAAAAUUUGUCUAAGUACACAUAUGGCAGUACAUACUGGUGAAAAACCUUAUAAAUGUGAAAUUUGUAGUAAGCUCUUUACUACUAAAGGCAAUUUAAAUAUGCAUAAAAUAGUUCACACUAGUGAAAAACCUUAUAAAUGUGAAAUUUGUACUAAGCUGUUUACUACAAAAGGUAAUUUAAAGAUGCAUAUGAGAAUUCACACUAAUGAAAGACCUUAUAAAUGUGAAAUAUGCUUUAAAAAGUUUUAUCAAAAAGGUGAUUUAAAUAAACAUAUGGCAAUUCACACUGGUGAAAAACGUCAUAAAUGUGAAAUGUGUAGCAAGCUGUUUACUACAAAAGGUAAUUUAAAGAUGCAUAUGAGAAUUCACACUAAUGAAAGACCUUAUAAAUGUGAAAUAUGCUUUAAAAAGUUUUAUCAAAAAGGUGAUUUAAAUAAACAUAUGGCAAUUCACACUGGUGAAAAACGUCAUAAAUGUGAAAUUUGUAGCAAGCUGUUUACUACAAAAGGUAAUUUAAAUAGUCAUAUGCAAGUUCACACUGGUGAAAAACCUUUUUUUAAUAUGGAAUGCAAUGACAAUGUUACGGAUUCUAGAAACCAAGUAAUAUUGACAGGUAUUAAAGAUGAAGGAGAUUCUCUACAGACAUAUAACAAUAUAGAAGUUAAAUCGGAACUAAAUGAAAGCAGCUGCAGCUAUGGACAGGGAUCUGUAUUAGAUGAGUUUAGUUCAGUGGAUAUUAAAAUCGAAAACAAUACAUUAGAAGAUGUAUCUAAUGAAAUUAAAGUUGAAACUAAAACAGAACUGGAGGAGCAUAGCAUUGGUGUCCCACCUGAUAUUACAAUGGAACUCGCCAGUACCAAACCGUUCAAUUCUGCUAAAGUACAUUUGAAAACAUGUACUGGUGAAAGACGAUAUGAAUGUGAAAUUUGUAGUAAUCAGUUUACUACAAAAGGUAAUUUAAAGACACAUAUGAGAAUUCCCACCGGUGAAAAACCUUAUAAAUGCCAAAUUUGUAAUAUUCUUUUUACUAAAAAAGGUAAUUUAGAGAUACAUAUGAGAAUUCACAGUGGUGAAAAUCUUUAUAAAUGUGAAAUUUGUAGUAAGCAGUUUACUCAACUAAGUAAUUUAAAGGUGCAUAUGAGAAUUCACAGUGGUGAAAAACCUUAUGAAUGUGAAAUUUGUAGUAAGCAGUUUAUUAAUCGAAGUCAUUUAAAGGAUCAUAUGAGAAUUCACACUGGUGAAACACCCUAUAAAUGUAAAAUUUGUGGUAAGCAGUUUACUAAAAAAAGUAAUUUAAUGGUGCAUAUGAGAAUUCACAGUGGUGAAAAACCUUAUGAAUGUGAAAUUUGUAGUAAGAUGUGUACUACAAAAGAUAAUUUAAAGCUGCAUAUGAGAAUUCACAAUGGGGAAAAACCUUAUAAAUGUGAAAUCUGUAAUAAGCAGUUUACGGCAAAACAUAGUUUAAAUGAUCAUAUAAGAAUUCAUACUUGUGAAAGACCUUAUAAUUGUGAAAUUUGUAGUAAGCAAUUUACUCAAAAAAGUUAUUUAAAGUGUCAUAUGAGAAUUCACACUGGUGAAACACCUUAUAAAUGUGAAAUUUGUAGUAAGCUGUUUACUCUUCAAAGCCAUUUAAAGCGGCAUAUCAGAAUCCACACUGGUAAAACACCUUAUAAAUGUGAAAUUUGUAGUAAUCAGUUUAUUACAAGAAAUAAAUUAGAUAAUCAUAUGGUAAUUCACAAUGCUGAAAGACCUUCUUCUUAGCCAUCUAUUGUCCACUUAUGGACAUAGGCCUCUCCCAACUCCUAUCGAUUUCUAUCCUGAGCAACAUGCUUCCAAUUUGUUCCGGCUAUUGUCAUUAUAAAUCAAAUCGGCAACAGGUGUAUGUUUUCAAAAAACUGAUAGUGUGUAAAAAUCAGAUAAGUACUUUCAGCAUAUCAAAAUGCCAUCAUCAGAGCUUUCCUAUAAAAAGAUUAAUAGUCCAGGGCUCAUCUGUUUUGAGAUGGACGUUGAGAGGUGACUCAAUUUUUUUUUGCAGAAAUUGCUUGAAAAUAACUCAAAUAAUAAUAUUUGAAAAAGAUAAAAAAGAUCAAGGCAGGUUUUGUUUAUAUUUGAUUCAGAGUUGGACCAGCAUCUCCAUAUAGCUAUUUCAGCAUCCUUAUGCCUCAUCGGUGAAGCUCAGAAGUCUCAACUCUGAAGGAAAUACAAACAAUUCUGCCAAUUUAAGGCAAACCAUCGCAAUGCAAUGAACCCACCUCUGAGACGCAAUUCAGCGACAUCUCUCGUAUUACGAGGAAAACAACGAAAAGCCCCAGAUGCAAAGUUUACUACCUUUUAAACAAUUAGAAUAAUUGAAAUAAAAAUAUAAUAAACAAUAUUUUAAAUCCAAGACUUUUCGUUAAUAAACUGCUUUCUGGCUGCAUCCCAUAUCUCCGGAUUUUACAAUAUAUAAUCACAAGAGACGACGAAAGUAGGAGAAAGCAAAUAGAGGACGCUUAGGCCACGCAUUUACCUUCCCUUCGUCAAGGAAAAGGACCGAAAGACAGUUUCUAAAUACUCAAACAGUAAAAAUGAAAAAGAUAAAAAAGAUCAAGGCAGGUUUUGUUUAUAUUUGAUUCAGAGUUGGACCAGCAUCUCCAUGUAGCUAUUUCAGCAUCCUUAUGCCUCAUCGGUGAAGCUCAGAAGUCUCAACUCUGAAGGAAAUACAAACAAUUCUGCCAAUUUAAGGCAAACCAUCGCAAUGCAAUGAACCCACCUCUGAGACGCAAUUCAGCGACAUCUCUCGUAUUACGAGGAAAACAACGAAAAGCCCCAGAUGCAAAGUUUACUACCUUUUAAACAAUUAGAAUAAUUGAAAUAAAAAUAUAAUAAACAAUAUUUUAAAUCCAAGACUUUUCGUUAAUAAACUGCUUUCUGGCUGCAUCCCAUAUCUCCGGAUUUUACAAUAUAUAAUCACAAGAGACGACGAAAGUAGGAGAAAGCAAAUAGAGGACGCUUAGGCCACGCAUUUACCUUCCUUUCGUCAAGGAAAAGGGCCGAAAGACAGUUUCUAAAUACUCAAACUGAGUAAAAAUGAAAAAGAUAAAAAAGAUCAAGGCAGGUUUUGUUUAUAUUCGAUUCAGAGUUGGACCACCAUCUCCAUAUAGCUAUUUCAGCAUCCUUAUGCCUCAUCGGUGAAGCUCAGAAGUCUCAACUCUGAAGGAAAUACAAACAAUUCUGCCAAUUUAAGGCAAACCAUCGCAAUGCAAUGAACCCACCUCUGAGACGCAAUUCAGCGACAUCUCUCGUAUUACGAGGAAAACAACGAAAAGCCCCAGAUGCAAAGUUUACUACCUUUUAAACAAUUAGAAUAAUUGAAAUAAAAAUAUAAUAAACAAUAUUUUAAAUCCAAGACUUUUCGUUAAUAAACUGCUUUCUGGCUGCAUCCCAUAUCUCCGGAUUUUACAAUAUAUAAUCACAAGAGACGACGAAAGUAGGAGAAAGCAAAUAGAGGACGCUUAGGCCACGCAUUUACCUUCCCUUCGUCAAGGAAAAGGACCGAAAGACAGUUUCUAAAUACUCAAACAGUAAAAAUGAAAAAGAUAAAAAAGAUCAAGGCAGGUUUUGUUUAUAUUUGAUUCAGAGUUGGACCAGCAUCUCCAUGUAGCUAUUUCAGCAUCCUUAUGCCUCAUCGGUGAAGCUCAGAAGUCUCAACUCUGAAGGAAAUACAAACAAUUCUGCCAAUUUAAGGCAAACCAUCGCAAUGCAAUGAACCCACCUCUGAGACGCAAUUCAGCGACAUCUCUCGUAUUACGAGGAAAACAACGAAAAGCCCCAGAUGCAAAGUUUACUACCUUUUAAACAAUUAGAAUAAUUGAAAUAAAAAUAUAAUAAACAAUAUUUUAAAUCCAAGACUUUUCGUUAAUAAACUGCUUUCUGGCUGCAUCCCAUAUCUCCGGAUUUUACAAUAUAUAAUCACAAGAGACGACGAAAGUAGGAGAAAGCAAAUAGAGGACGCUUAGGCCACGCAUUUACCUUCCUUUCGUCAAGGAAAAGGGCCGAAAGACAGUUUCUAAAUACUCAAACUGAGUAAAAAUGAAAAAGAUAAAAAAGAUCAAGGCAGGUUUUGUUUAUAUUCGAUUCAGAGUUGGACCACCAUCUCCAUAUAGCUAUUUCAGCAUCCUUAUGCCUCAUCGGUGAAGCUCAGAAGUCUCAACUCUGAAGGAAAUACAAACAAUUCUGCCAAUUUAAGGCAAACCAUCGCAAUGCAAUGAACCCACCUCUGAGACGCAAUUCAGCGACAUCUCUCGUAUUACGAGGAAAACAACGAUAAGCCCCAGAUGCAAAGUUUACUACCUUUUAAACAAUUAGAAUAAUUGAAAUAAAAAUAUAAUAAACAAUAUUUUAAAUCCAAGACUUUUCGUUAAUAAACUGCUUUCUGGCUGCAUCCCAUAUCUCCGGAUUUUACAAUAUAUAAUCACAAGAGACGACGAAAGUAGGAGAAAGCAAAUAGAGGACGCUUAGGCCACGCAUUUACCUUCCCUUCGUCAAGGAAAAGGACCGAAAGACAGUUUCUAAAUACUCAAACUGAGUAAAAAUGAAAAAGAUAAAAAAGAUCAAGGCAGGUUUUGUUUAUAUUUGAUUCAGAGUUGGACCAGCAUCUCCAUAUAGCUAUUUCAGCAUCCUUAUGCCUCAUCGGUGAAGCUCAGAAGUCUCAACUCUGAAGGAAAUACAAACAAUUCUGCCAAUUUAAGGCAAACCAUCGCAAUGCAAUGAACCCACCUCUGAGACUCAAUUCAGCGACAUCUCUCGUAUUACGAGGAAAACAACGAAAAGCCCCAGAUGCAAAGUUUACUACCUUUUAAACAAUUAGAAUAAUUGAAAUAAAAAUAUAAUAAACAAUAUUUUAAAUCCAAGACUUUUCGUUAAUAAACUGCUUUCUGGCUGCAUCCCAUAUCUCCGGAUUUUACAAUAUAUAAUCACAAGAGACGACGAAAGUAGGAGAAAGCAAAUAGAGGACGCUUAGGCCACGCAUUUACCUUCCCUUCGUCAAGGAAAAGGACCGAAAGACAGUUUCUAAAUACUCAAACUGAGUAAAAAUGAAAAAGAUAAAAAAGAUCAAGGCAGGUUUUGUUUAUAUUUGAUUCAGAGUUGGACCAGCAUCUCCAUAUAGCUAUUUCAGCAUCCUUAUGCCUCAUCGG